UCUGGUACACCGUGUGCGGUGUAAGCUGCUAUCAGCGGCAAUCUCCAAGUUCUGGACCAUCAUGCAUGCUGUGCUCCAAUCACAGCAUAGUGCGACAUAGUGCCUCGCAUCAAUGUAUGAUCAUCCAUGCAUCAUCAGAUAACCAUCAGUUUUGAGCGCCUUAUAUUUCUUUGUACUUACAGCCGUUGCUACGUGUCAUCUACGACCACAGCAGUGCACUGUGUUGCAGUGCAUACUGCUGCAGUACUUAUUGUUAACAGCCUGCCAUUCAUCUGUUGUAUCACUCGAAAAUGUCAGUCUCAAACACCUUCGGUUUGCAAUUAGCCAAGUAUACUAACGUCGCUGCAUCAGCACUCCUAAUUUAUGAUUACUUUAUCACGUCACAUUCUGAAGUCCAAUGGACUUGGGGACGGAAGUGGGGAAUUAUUCGCAUUACCUUCACACUUUCACGAUAUGUACCUUUUGCUGGUGCAUUUAUGACCUCGUAUUCCGCUGUCAAGACAUGGGGCACCCAAGAUUGUGCACCUUUUAACGAUGCUGUAAAUGGCUUACAUUUCGUGGGCAUCAUUGCCUCGGAAGGUCUGUUGAUCGCCAGGGUUCAUGCCUUCUCCGGCAACAAAAAGGCCAAUCUUAUUGUUCUUUUAUCCUUUGGCUUGACCAUCAUGGUGACGUGUGUGGUCCUAAGUGCCGCCCCCAUCCAUUUCAGCAACCCAGAAGCUGGCCCGCCUUGCACGCUUGAGGGGGCUCGUAGCAGUGCUUUUGGGUAUGGACUCUUGAUGAUCUUCGAGAUUGUUCUCAUGCUCAUCACUGUAUUUGUGAAAUAUCGGCACUAUUUUGGUUUUCAUAACACGUUAAUAAGAAGUGUCUACGGCGAUGGACUCCUCUACAUGUCCUGCAUCACAAUGGUAUCCACUCUUAAUGUGAUUGUCAUCUCUGUGUUCCCUCUCUCAUACAGCGAGAUGUUAAACGUACCCCAGAUUGUUGUGCACAGCGUUCUCGCUUCGCGAAUACUAUUUAGUCUUCAAGCGAACAGGGAGCAAUCGGUCAUCCCCACAUACCUAUCGACGAAUGCACCGGAAAUGCAAUCCCUUCCCGAUGGGUUUCAAGCGUGGUAUGAAGGCAGGGAGACAUUUACUGAUGCUGGCCAACUAGAUCAAGCUUAGAUGUGCUAAUAAUUUUUUUCUCUUUGUCGUUGUAACGGGGAUGUCGAUUGCAGAUAGU